AUGGGGUUAUCGUCCGUUCCCCCCGCCCCGAAAGGCGCCGUGCGCUCGGCCAAGGAGACGCUGAGCAGCCAGUUUGUGGAGGGCUGCCACGGCGUCGUGCAGCGGCUCACGCUGCAGGAGCACAAGAUGGUCUGGAAUCGCACCACGCACCUCUGGAACGACUGCGAGAAGAUCAUUCACCAGAGGACCAACACGGCCCCCUUUGACCUGGUGCCUCCCGAGGACGGUGCCGACGUGAGCGUGAGGGUGAUGAAGCCCCUGGAGGCGUCGGAGCUGAGCCUGGAGACGGUCUACGAGAAGUUCCACCCCUCCAUCCAGUCCUUCACCGACGUCAUCGGCCACUACAUCAGUGGCGAGCGCCCCAAGGGCAUCCAGGAGACAGAGCAGAUGCUGAAGGUGGGGACCACGCUGACCGGCGUGGGGGAGCUGGUCCUGGAUAACAACACCAUCAAGCUGCAGCCCCCCAAGCAGGGCAUGCAGUACUACCUCAGCAGCCUGGAUUUUGACGACUUGCUGCAGAAGCAAGAGUCCAGCGUGCGCCUCUGGAAAAUCCUGACCGUCGUUUUCGGCCUCGCCACUUGCGCUGUUCUCUUCUUCGUGCUGAGAAAGCAGUACCGGCACCAGCGGGAGAAGCGGCGCCUCAAGCAGAUGCAGGAUGAGUUCCGGCAAGCCCAGGAGCGGCUGGUGCGCGAGGGCAGCGCGGAGGGUGUCGAGACGCUCAAGAACGCGUGUGCCAUCUGCUUGAGCAACACCAAGGCUUGCGUCUUCCUGGAGUGCGGCCACGUUUGCUCCUGUAACGAGUGCUACCAAGCUCUGCCAGAGCCCAAGAAGUGCCCCAUUUGCAGACAAACCAUCUCUAGGGUGGUUCCCUUGUACAACAGCUAAUUUUCUGUGGCAGG